AACCUCCUCUCUGCUCUUUGUUUUUGUUUUGUUAUGAGUUUAAAUUUUCUGCACAUGCCACUUAUUUCUGUUAAUUCCGAACUUUCGAAGCUGUAGUUUUCUCACUAUUCAUUGUUGUAACAUUUUCAAUCAUGGAUGAUAAAAUUCCUCCUACAAUACGAGCAUUGGAUGAAACGGUAGUCAACCGUAUUGCUGCUGGAGAAGUAAUUCAGCGUCCUGCAAAUGCCCUCAAAGAGCUGCUCGAGAACAGUUUGGAUGCCAAAUCAACUAAUAUUCAGAUAACAUUAAAGGCUGGAGGUCUUAAAUUAUUACAGAUUCAAGAUAAUGGAACUGGCAUUCGCAAAGAAGAUCUAUCCAUUGUAUGCAAACGUUUCACGACGAGUAAACUCAGCAGUUUUGAAGAUCUAAACACAAUUGCAACUUUUGGUUUUCGUGGAGAAGCCCUUGCAAGUAUCAGUCAUGUAGCGCAUCUUACAAUCAUCACAAAAACAUCUCUGGAGCCUUGUGCCUAUAAGUGCACGUAUGAAGAUGGAAAUUUAAUCGGAACCCCUAAAAUGAUUGCUGGAAAUCAGGGAACGACUAUUAUAGUUGAAGAUUUGUUCUAUAAUAUAGCAACACGGAAAAAAGCAUUGAAAAAUCCUAGUGAAGAGUUCGCAAAAGUGGCUGAUGUUGUAAGUAAAUAUGCUGUUCACAAUCCCAAAGUAGGUUUUUGCUUGAAAAAACAAGGAGAAAGCUUGACUGACAUUCGAACACAUCCAAACUCAACCCAUGUUGAUAAUAUCAAAGCAAUUUAUGGUACUAAUGUAGCAAGAGAAUUGCUGGAAGUAGAUCUUGAAGAUGAAAAAAUGAAGAUUAAGUUUAAAGGAUUUAUUUCAAAUGCAAACUACGCAACCAAAAAACCUCACUUUCUUCUGUUCAUUAAUCACAGAUUAGUCGAUUCAACAGCCCUACGCAAAGCCCUAGAGAAUAUCUAUAGUUUGUACUUGGCGAAGAAUUCCUACCCUUUCAUGUACCUGAGCUUGGAACUUGAUCCAAGAAAUGUUGAUGUCAAUGUACAUCCGACAAAGCAUGAAGUAUUUUUCCUUCAUGAGGAAGUCAUCAUCGAAAAAGUGAAAUCUGCCAUUGAGGCCAAGUUGGCAGGUGCAGACCACUCUCGUGCAUUUUACUUAAAGUCAAAAUUUUUACCAUCGAAGCCAAUGAUACCGAGUAAAGAAGAAAACCCAGUCAAAAACAAAGAUAAGGAAGCCCCAGUAGCACCAUGUAAAAUGGUUCGCACGGAUCCAAAAGCUCAAAAAAUGGAUAAAUUUUUACUCCCUUCCCAAUCAUCUGAUUGUGAUAAAGACAGCCAGCCGAAAAAAGUUAUAGCUCCAGCAUUCAAGAAGACUUCAAGUAGCAAUGCCCAACGGCGAGAAAUCAAUCUGACUAGCGUUCUUACUCUGCGGCGAGUAAUUGAAGAACAAUGUAGUGUAACCCUCCGAGAAAUAUUCAAUCAAGCCACGUAUGUUGGCUGCACAAAACCGCAUUGGCUUCUUUUUCAAAGCACUACAAAUUUAUUCUGUGCUAAUAUCCAGACAAUCAUGUCGGAGGCAUUUUAUCAAAUCCUUUUGUACGAGUUUGGAAAUUUUGGAGCGAUAAAAUAUUCCGAGCCCAUGAAUAUAAAAGAACUCCUACUUUUGGGAUUGGAACUUGAUGAAGCCAAGAAGUACUUAGAAGAUGGGCCUGCUGAAGAAGUUGUGCCAAAAGCACUCGCCAAACUGAAGAAGCGAGCACUUAUGUUAGACGACUAUUUCUCUCUUGAAAUGGAUGAGGAUCAGAAUCUCAUCACUAUACCACUCCUUCUUGAUGACUACAUUCCUCCUCAAGAAGGCUUACCCAUGUACCUUCUGCGUCUGGCUUUUGAAGUUGAUUGGACAUCCGAAAUUGAGUGUUUCAGGACAUUUUGUCGUGUCACUGCAGAAUAUUACGGAUCUUUCAAGUAUUUGACCAGAUCUUCAAAUUGGCAGAAAUUAGUGGAACACACUUUUUUCCCCGUAGUCAAAUCUCAGUUCCUACCUCCAAUGAAUUUUUCAGACAACAAAUGUUUGCUUCUCAUUGAAGAUAUUCAAAACCUUUACAAAGUUUUUGAGCGUUGUUGAUCUAUCACUACUUUUUGGAGCAUUUGUAAACCAGGGAACAAAAUAUCUGUAACAUCGAAAGAAUCUUUGCUUCAGAGGAAUGCUCACAAUACUCAUAAUGAGAAAAAGAUAACACUUCAAGUCGUCUCAAGUAAUAAGUUCCGUAUUUUAUUUUUUUUACCCUUUUGAUAUUACUGUCUACUUGUGUCUCUUCAGGAGUCCCAUAACCAUUUGUGAUUGUGAUUCUAUUUCGAUUAUUUAUAUUUGUUUAAUUUCUUUAUACGGGCUGUUGUAGAUUUUUGCAAGAGCUGAAGAGAAAUUUGUAUACUUGUAUUCCAUGUAAAAUUGCUCAAAAAUCACCGUGUUCAUAUGUUCCUCCCAUACUGUAAGGUGAGGAGUGAGCAUUAGCCUUUGCAAACCUAGUUAUAGUGCCUUUUAAGUGUACACUAUUCAACCUGCUCUUUAGCUCUGACAUCAGUCUGCAACAGCCAAAUAUUGAUAUAAUGAACCUAGUGGUGGCUGAACUAGAAGAAUGUUUCUUGAUUAGCCAUAUCACAGACUUUCAUUGUAUUCCUUCAUGUUUUAAUUGUUAACCUUUAUCUCUUUGUAAGCCCCAAAAAUUAUUGAAACAGUUCUGGGAUAGUCAGAAUAAGGUAACUUUUUGCAACAUGUUCCGAUGUCCAAUUAUCCAAGUGCACUACUGUCCCAUCAUUAAAGCGUGCCAUUCUCAGAUUUCAUUUUUAGAAAAGGCAGGCAGUGUUCAAAUUAUUAAGUGAAAUAUAUUUCGUCCUUCGAGUGAGGAGGUCAUUAUUUUUUUUCAAAAAACUCCACUACUCAAACUUUAUUGAAUUUAUCAAUCGCUACUAAAGGUAAACCUCCUCAUUUCCAUUGUUUAUAUUCAUUGUAAUUAUUAUUGGAGCUUUUCUGUGAUAUUUUGCGGUGAUCAAACCGUUCAUGAUUUUUUAAUAUUUUUUAAAUGUACCAGUUGUUAAGAAAUGUUUUGUCCUUUUCUCAGGUAAUUGUGGUACUUCUUGUUAGUUCAUAUUUUAUGAAAAUGACAUUGAAAUACAUGAAACCACACACCUAA